AUGUCCUCAGCGAGCUGGGCUGACACACCAGUUGGAGAGGAGGUUCUGGUGUUGUGCAAGUUCCCACAGUUGGAGAACUCUGAAUUCUUCAAGAAUGCAUCCUCUUUCCAGAUAGAGGGCUUGGAAGGCCCACUUCCACGUUUGGUGGUCGACGGUGCAUGGCGCUUCAAAGGUCAGCACUCGAGGCCUAUGAGCAGCAACUUGUUCUUCUCAGAAGACGCUCGCUCAACAUCGUCACUCGCAGGUGCCUCUCCCCACGUUGUUCACUUUGAGUUGGACCGUUCCAAUAUGGCCAGCAGGAUGGAUCGAGUACUUUCCGGUAUGUCGGAAAUUCGGGCUGGGAAGCUGGAACCGGAAGAGCCUGAGGAAAUACCCCAGGAGCAGGCUGAGAUUGAGGUACAGGAGGUGCAGGCUGCGGGAGCAGGAGCCUAUCUUAGCCGGUGCUGA